GGAUUUCAAAAUCUCCUAUAUUUAAAAAUAAUGUUUUUCAUUAGCCUUUUGUUAGUUCAGUGUGUGACAUUAUGUGUAAAUAUUUUUAUUCUCCUGGCAGUAGUAUCAAUGCAACAUCUGCACACACCAAUGUAUUUUUUCCUCAGUCAAUUGGCCUCUGCUGAAAUGAUGUUCACAAUAAACAUUAUUCCUAAUCUGCUUCACUUAAUCGUGGUAGAAGGUGACAUUAUCUCUGUGAUUGGUUGUGUCACUCAGUUCUAUAUAUUCUCUGUUUCAACCAAUGCUGAAUCCUUUUUUCUUACAUUGAUGUCAUAUGAUCGAUAUAUAGCAAUAUGCAAUCCACUGUAUUAUAGUUCUUUAAUGAGCUUAAGCUUCUGCACCCGGUUAGCCAUAAUAACUUGGAUCUUUAGCUUUGCAUCAACUUUAAUUGUCAUUAUCCAAUUAUGUACCCUACAGUUCUGUGGCUCAAAUAUUAUUGAUCAUUACUACUGUGAUUUAACACCGCUUCUGGAACAUUCCUGUUCUGAUGUCUCUUUAGUGAAAACACAGAUAUUUUUGUUUUCCAUUCCCAUUGCUGUGUUUCCAUUUAUUUUCAUUAUUGCAACUUACGUUCGUAUCGUUAUCACAAUACUUCAAAUUCCAUCAUCUGUUGGAAAACAAAAAGCCUUCUCCACAUGCAGCUCACAUUUGUCUGUUGUCUGUAUCUAUUACCUGACAUUGAUAACCAUCUAUGUAAUUCCUAAAAAUGAACAUGCAUUAAAUCUAAAUAAGUCUAUGUCACUUUUAUACACUGUGGUGACGCCUUUGAUGAACCCUAUCAUAUAUACAUUAAGAAAUCAAGAAAUCAGGAAUAUUUUUGUAAAAUGGAUCUGGAAAAAAAUUAAAUAUGCUUAA